AGAUGGGAAUGGUGGAAGCAAGAAUCUGUCAAAGGCGGAGUAAAACAUGGACAGGGUUAUGUGUGAACACUGGCAACUGCCAUCGUCAGUGUAGGAACUGGGAAGGUGCUCAGCGUGGAGCUUGUCAUGCUCAAUUCCCAGGGUUCGCAUGCUUCUGCUACUUUAAUUGUUGAUUGUUUAUCAACCACAGCAGCAGCCAGCAAUUUCUGUGACCUCAAGCUUUGAU